UAAAAAAUGAAAUAGCACUAAAACCUCUUCUUCAAUUCCCUGCUUCUUUCAUUCACCUAUAUAGUAGAGGUGUGUUAGAAUUAAUGUGUCGCAGCAUCCCUGGAAGUGUCAGAGAGCCCUGGCAGUGUCCAGGUGGCCCGGGGUCAGACCGCAGUCCUGCCCUGCACAUUCACUACCAGCGCUGCCCUCCUUAACCUCAAUGUCAUCUGGAUGGUCAUCCCUCUCUCCAAUGCUAACCAACCUGAGCAGGUCAUUCUGUAUCAGGGUGGACAGAUGUUUGAUGGUGCCCCCCGAUUCCAUGGUAGGGUGGGAUUCACAGGCACCAUGCCUGCCACCAAUGUCUCUAUCUUCAUUAAUAACACUCAGCUGUCAGAUACAGGCACCUACCAGUGUUUGGUCAACAACCUGCCAGACAGAGGAGGCAGGAACAUUGGGGUCACUGGUCUCACAGUGUUAGUUCCCCCUUCUGCCCCACACUGCCAAAUCCAAGGAUCCCAGGAUAUUGGCAGUGAUGUCAUCCUGCUCUGUAACUCAGAGGAAGGCAUUCCUCGGCCAACUUACCUUUGGGAGAAGUUAGACAAUACCCUCAAACUACCUCCAACAGCCACUCAGGACCAGGUCCAGGGGACAGUCACCAUCCGGAACAUCAGUGCUGUGUCUUCAGGUUUGUACCAGUGUGUCGCUUCUAAUGCCAUUGGAACAAGCACCUGUCUUUUGGAUCUCCAAGUUAUUUCACCCCAACCCAGGAGCAUUGGACUAAUAGCUGGAGCCAUUGGCACUGGUGCAGUUAUUGUCAUUUUUUGCAUUGCACUAAUUUUAGGGGCAUUCUUUUACUGGAGAAGAAAAAAUAAAGAGGAGGAAGAAGAAAUUCCUAAUGAAAUAAGAGAAGAUGAUCUUCCACCUAAGUGUUCAUCUUCUGCCAAAGCGUUUCAGGCCGAGAUGUCGUCCUCGGAGAACAACACGUUGACCUCUUCCAAUACCUACAGCAGCCGCUACUGGGGCAACAACCCCAAAGUUCACAGGAACACAGAGUCCUUCAACCACUUCGGUGACUUGCGCCAGUCUUUCUCCCUCCACUCAGGCAAUGCCAACAUCCCAUCCAUCUAUACUAAUGGGAGCCACUUGGUUCCAGGUCAGCCUAAGACUUUGGUAGUGACAGCCAACAGAGAGUCAUCCCCGCAGGUCAUGUCCAGGAACAAUGGCUCAGUCAACAGGAAGCCUCGGCCUCCACACACACACUCCUACACUGUCAGCAAAGCUACCCUGGAGCGAAUUGGUGCAGUACCUGUCAUGGUGCCAGCCCAGAGUCGAGCUGGAUCCCUGGUAUAGGACGUGAGGGGAAUGUUGGGUUUCGACAAGAAUACCUGGAGUUUCCCCUACUGGGGGGAGGGAGUGGUUAGGACGGGCAGGUGCUGGGAGAGCAGCUCUCCUCAUCAUAUUAGUGAAAAGCACCCAGAAGAAGGUGGUGAUGUUACCUGGCUACAAUGAUGUAUAAAAUGGAUUGGAAUGUGCCAUCAUGAAAACGUGUUUCCCCACCACAGAUACAUUGUGACUCUGUUCAGUAAGCUACAUCUCAAAGAUGUGCCAUGCCAAGGAAAAAGACACAAGAGCAGAACAGCACUUAAAACGCAAACUGUAGUCCAGCUGGACUUGGUUUGUAAUUCAUGCCUAACUUAAUAUUUUUGAGGAGACUAAAGUGCCAGAUGGAAUUUAAAUGAGAUUAUUUGAAAGAUUAACGAUAGGUGUCUUUAGAGGAGUAACGAGCAACCCUGUCGUAUGUUCUGCUUCUCCCUGUCCGCUCUUUGAGUAGAGGGCUUGAUGACAGACAUGGUUAAUUUUGAUCCCUGCAGGUCUGACUCUUUUAUCAUAGAAUCAAAACUACACAAACAAAAUUCAGUAAGAAAUGGGAGAAAGCAAAGGAAACGUCUUUGGAAAGCCCCUGCAUAUUUAUUUAUUUAUCUAUCUCUACCUGAACCAUGAAUUUCAUAUUUGAAAUAUUGCUGUAUUGACAGAUUCUUGCCUGUCUGUUAUUCUAGGAUCUGUUACAGGUCCAUGGCAAUUACUGUUCAUUAUCUCCUGGAAAAAUAUUUUUUAAAGAAAACUAUUGAUUGGUUGGGUUUUUGUUGUUGUUGUUGUUGUUGUUGUUUUUAACAAAAAUACUUGAUAGACCUUGGGCCAGGAAAGAAAAAAAAAACAACAACUUUGUUUAGCACCUUCUUCAGUGAUUGUAUUAGUGAGCCCAGGAGGCUGUGAGUUACAAAGGUGCUAGAUUGUGUGAACAGCACUGUCCCAGGGGUUUUGGCCUUGCUGGGCAGGCUCUCCGUGCAAGGCAGCCCAGGGCUCCCUCGCUGUCACACUAGGUCAUUCUUAAUGAGGGCAGUACCUGAUGCCUUUUGUACUGUGGUAGAUAACUAGCUCCUAGUUGGAGAAACAAGUUACUAGACUGCCAAAAGGAGUACAGACUUCUUUUGUUUGUUUGUUUUUCAAAAUAAUCCUUUUUGCAAAAAGAGCUAGGAUUGAGACACUGGGAGGGUCUGCCCUGUAUCUGUGACAGCUCAGGGUUGCAGUUUUGGCCAAAUGCGUUUUACAGCACUGUAGAGACUCCUUGUGUGAUUCAUUACGUAGCCUAGCUGACUUUGCAGUUCCCCGGAGGAAUUUACCCACUCCGGACUCUGUUUCGUGCCCCUGUAGAUCUGGCUGUCUUUACAUUGGUAACUGUCUUGCCUUAAUCACACUUUGAGCUACACACAAAUAAUUUCUUGCCAGAUUCUCUUCCAAAAUGAUUUAGGAUGCUGACCCUCUAAUUCAAUAAGAGCAUCUUGUCUCCACCUGCUGUGUUCCCUCACUCCUUCUUCCCACUGUGCUGAUUGCCCUCCUUUCCUACAAGCAUCGUUCCCAGGAAGUGGCCUCCUGACUUUCGUCCAGUUGUUUGAAGGGAGCAGAGACCAACAGCUGCCACACAAACAAUUUUUCCAAGAGAACCGUGCUCAGAACCUAACUAUUGCAGCCAUUUUAACACUGAUAAAAAGCCGAAGUUACUUUAGCAUUACUUAUUUUUCCCAUUUGAUGGUUCUUGACUUUGUAAAAAAAAUUAAAUAAAUGAAUGUCUAUACUUUUAUAAAGAGUGAAAAUAUAUGACUUGGAAAAGAUGA